AAGGGUACUUAAGGAGGAAGAGUGAUGAUGGAAAUUUGCACAAAGUUGUAAGCCAAUUUGGAAAGAAAAGAAAGUUGGCGGAAAUCGAAGAGUGCUUCUUCACUGUCUGUAACAACACAAGGCUUUUAGGGUUUGGACACAUUGGGAGAGGAAAGGGAAGUUAAGGAGCAAGCUAGAGUGAUGGUGGACAUUUGCAAAAAGUUGUAAGCCAAAUUGGAAAGAGAGUUGCAAAUCGAAGAGUUGCUUCCUCGCUACUGUAACAACACAAAACUAGAGACUGCUCGGGAGAGGUAGACCAACACUUCCUUCAUCACCUGCUAUGACUGACAACGGAAACCCAAACCUCCCAGUGAGUAUUACUGAUGGCUCCACCUUGCGUUCUCCUAAGGGCUGCUCGAGGAUGCCGAUCUUCGUGUUCUUCAGAGAUGCAAGGAAUGUUUUCAAGAUGGAUGCACUUGGUUUGGAGAUUCUGAGGAUUGCCUUCCCGGCAGCGUUGGCUUUAGCUGCCGACCCUGUCGCCUCCUUGAUCGACACAGCAUUUAUAGGCCGUAUAGGUCCUGUGGAACUUGCUGCUGUGGGGGUCUCCAUUGCCAUAUUCAAUCAAGCUUCAAAGAUCACCAUAUUCCCGCUCGUCAGUAUCACCACCUCUUUCGUUGCGGAGGAAGAAACAAUUGGAAGAGUGAGCAGUGAACUGCCAGAAAAAGAAUCCAAGAAAAAUAUUGAACCACAGGAAGCGGCUCCGGAUGAUGUUGGGCUCGAGAACUUGGAAAAAGGUUCAGGAGUAAGUGGGGAAACAAAAGAUCCGAUGCCAGAAGAUGAUUCAAACAUGACUACAUCUUUGGCUCCCGCAGCUGCCAGCAGUAACACGAACAAGGGGAAAAUCAUCAAAGAGAAGCGGCAUAUCCCCUCUGCAUCAACAGCUAUCGUUAUUGGUGCAGUCCUAGGCAUACUGCAAACUAUAUUCCUCAUAUUUGGUGCCAAAAUUCUACUGAGUUUCAUGGGUGUGAAGUCGGGUUCGCCGAUGCUAAACCCGGCCAAGAAGUACCUGACCGUAAGGGCACUCGGUGCUCCUGCAGUUCUUCUCUCUUUGGCAAUGCAAGGGGUCUUUCGAGGUUUUAAAGAUACUACGACCCCGCUAUAUGCGACAGUUGUGGGAGACCUUGCAAACAUCGUCUUGGACCCGAUCCUAAUCUUUGUCUGCCAUAUGGGAGUCAGUGGUGCAGCUAUUGCUCAUGUCCUUUCGCAGUACCUGAUAUCACUGAUACUCUUGCUGAGGUUGAUGAAACAAGUUGAUCUCCUUCCCCCUAGCGUCAAAGACUUGCAAUUCCAUCGGUUUUUUAAGAACGGGAUCCUUCUGUUGGUGAGAGUGAUUGCUGUCACGUUCUGUGUGACCCUCGCUGCGUCAAUGGCAGCAAGGCUUGGGUCGACACCUAUGGCUGCAUUCCAGAUUUGCCUUCAGGUUUGGAUGACCUCUUCGCUACUUGCCGAUGGUUUGGCCGUAGCUGGGCAGGCGAUCCUAGCAAGUGCAUUUGCUGAGAAGGAUUAUAGCAAGGCAACGACUGCUGCAACCCGGGUCUUGCAGAUGGGCUUUGUCCUGGGCCUCGGGCUUGCAGUGUUAGUCGGCGUCGGCCUCCGCUUCGGAUCUGGAGUAUUUUCAAAAGACAUGACUGUUCAGCACAUCAUAUUUGUGGGAAUCCCGUUCGUUGCAGCUACACAACCAAUCAACUCUCUAGCUUUCGUCCUCGACGGAGUGAACUUCGGCGCAUCCGAUUUUGCCUACACUGCCUAUUCCAUGGUUCUGGUGUCCUUUAUCAGCAUUGCUUCCUUGUUCCUCCUGUCCAAGAGUAACGGCUUUGUCGGUAUCUGGGUUGCACUGACCAUCUACAUGGGCCUGCGCGCAUUCGCCGGUUUUUGGAGGAUGGGAACCGGAACCGGUCCUUGGCGUUUCCUCAAGAGCUGAUUACUUUUAACCAUAGACUCCAUAUAACUGCAGAAGUUUACGUCUCCGGGCAGCGUACACCCUCUAGUUGCUUUCUUCCCUCCUCGUUUCCUCCUCCAUCCUGUCCCUAUGCUUUUUGCUGUGCAAAUCUGUUUCACGAACAUGAUCCGUUCUGCUGUAUCAUCAACGUUUACUUCACCUGUGUAUGUAUUGAUCGUUGUCUGCCUGUUCACCAUCUCUGUUUCAAAUGCUACUAUGUUUUGUACAAUAAUUUCACAGCAAACAUUUGAGUGGCCCUUCAGUCUUGGCUCGUACUA